UUUGAAGGCAGGCGAUUGGAGCAAAGCGCGGGGGUGAGGACGCCCGCUGUCAGCAUACACGCUACCCAACAUACCAUUAACCUGUCAUUUCAAGACAUAUCAGGCUUUUUUUGAGCGCAAUAUCGAGGUGAAUAUCCCGGACGCUCUAGCUCGCCGAAUCUAGGACAUUUUUAAUUUUUAAAGCGUGUCCGAGUCCGUGACGGGAAGACAUGGCCACGACUACAUGUACGCGCUUCACGGAUGAAUAUCAGCUGUACGAGGAGCUGGGCAAGGGAGCUUUUUCAGUGGUGCGACGAUGUGUGAAGUUGAGCACAGGCCAAGAAUAUGCCGCCAAAAUCAUCAACACCAAAAAACUGUCCGCGAGAGACCAUCAGAAGCUCGAACGAGAAGCUCGAAUCUGUCGUCUGCUGAAACACUCCAAUAUCGUUCGUCUGCAUGACAGUAUAUCAGAGGAGGGCUUCCACUACCUACUGUUUGAUUUGGUGACUGGAGGUGAACUCUUUGAGGACAUUGUAGCCAGAGAGUACUACAGUGAAGCAGAUGCCAGUCACUGCAUCCAGCAGAUCCUGGAGGCGGUGCUUCACUGCCAUCAAAUGGGCGUGGUGCACCGAGACCUGAAGCCAGAGAAUCUGCUCUUGGCCAGCAAGUGCAAGAACGCUGCAGUGAAGCUGGCUGACUUUGGACUGGCCAUUGAAGUGCAGGGAGACCAGCAGGCAUGGUUUGGAUUUGCAGGGACACCAGGUUACCUGUCACCUGAGGUGUUGAGGAAGGAGGCAUAUGGCAAACCGGUGGACAUCUGGGCCUGUGGUGUGAUUCUGUACAUUCUGCUGGUUGGAUAUCCCCCUUUCUGGGACGAGGAUCAGCACAAACUUUACCAACAGAUUAAAGCUGGAGCUUAUGAUUUUCCAUCUCCAGAAUGGGACACAGUUACUCCUGAAGCCAAAAACCUCAUCAAUCAAAUGCUGACCAUAAACCCUGGCAAAAGAAUCACUGCACAGGAAGCUCUCAAACACCCAUGGGUCUGCCAACGCUCUACUGUGGCUUCCAUGAUGCACAGACAAGAGACUGUGGAAUGCCUGAAGAAGUUCAACGCCAGGAGGAAACUCAAGGGGGCCAUCCUCACCACCAUGCUUGUGUCACGAAACUUCUCUGUGGGUAGCAGGCAGACCACGGCUCCCGCCUCGGUCACUGCGGCUGCGGCUGCUGUAGCCGCGGCUGCAGGCACCACAGCAGGGCUGGUGGAACAAGCCAAGAGCUUGUUGAACAAAAAAGCAGACGUUAAGCCCCAGACAAACAGCACCAAAAACAGCAUAGUCACCAGUCCCAAAGGAAACCUCCCCUCUCCUGCUCUGGAGGCACAGGCCACUGUCAUCCAUAAUGCAGUGGAUGGGAUUAAGGAGUCGUCGGACAGCAGUAAUGCCACAGUGGAGGACGAGGAAAUGAAAGGAAAGGCUGUAGAUAACAGUUCAGUUCAGUCAAACCCCAGCACCCAGCCUGACUCCGCCCACACACCUCCAGGCCCCUCCCCCGCUGUCUUCACCGCCACUAGGUUCACUGAUCUGCUGGGUGUGGUACGUCGGGGCUCGGUGCCCACAUCUGAUGUUGAGGGGGGAAACACUAUCACUCCAGCUGUAGUUUCUGCCCCCUCCACUCCCCAGACCCCAAACAUUCCCACACAGAUGUCACGUUUGACUGAUCUAGUGAGCAGUGUGCGCAGACCUACAGCCCCCCAGACAGACAGUGAGCCAUCAGCAGCCAGCAAAGCCCUCACUGCCCCAGUAUCUGUCCCAUCACACCCCUCCCCGUCCCCUGCCCAACCGCCCUCGAGCCCCCUGCCGUCAGCGCAUUUACGCAAACAGGAGAUCAUCAAAAUCACAGAACAACUUAUUGAGGCCAUCAACAAUGGCGACUUUGAAGCCUAUGCUAAGAUCUGCGACCCUGGACUCACCUGCUUUGAACCGGAGGCCUUGGGAAACCUGGUGGAGGGGAUGGACUUCCACAGAUUUUACUUCGAGAACUUGCUGUCUAAGAACAGUAAGCCUAUCCACACCACCAUCCUGAACCCUCACGUGCACCUGAUUGGAGAGGAGGCCGCCUGCAUUGCCUAUAUCCGCCUCACACAAUAUGUGGACGGGCAGGGCCGGCCGCGCAGCAGCCAAUCAGAAGAGACGAGGGUGUGGCAUCGCCGGGACUCCAAAUGGCAAAAUGUCCAUUUCCACUGUUCGGGAGCUCCGGCCGCCCCUCUCCAGUGAAGGUUGAGCUCAUUGUAGCCACAUCUAACAAGAGUGUCCAGCCAGAAACGGAGAGUGCAAGAGUGAGGGAGGGGGGAAGUUGAAGAGAGAGAGAGAGGGAGGAAGGAAUGCGAGCCCAGUGCUGGGUGUCUGUGAGUCUGCACACUGGGUCCGGCCCCCUCGCCUGUCAAUCACCUCACCUGCCAAUCACUUUUGUGCGUCGUCUUCUGUCUUACCUUCCACUUGACCCCCUCCCUCCCUGCCCUGUAUCUUUACACCCGCGCAGAGACUCCCCCUGUUGUGCACAUGUGCUGUGUGGAGUUGGACAGUCUUUGAUUAGUACGGAUAAUAAGGCCUCAGCGAGUCGUCUGUGAAACACCACGCUUUCCGUCGCAUCUUCCCAGUGUGAAUAACGUUACACUGAAUCGCCGUCCUCACUUAGUGUAGAUUUUCAAUAUAAUUGUUGUUAUUAUUAUUAUUAUUAUUACUACUAUUGUUCUUACUGUUGUUAUUAGUAUUAAAUACAAAAACAAUUGUCACUUAUACCAAUCAUGUUCUGAAUGCCAAUGAUUUUUAAUUUAUGUAAGACUUUUCUUUUCUAAACAUUUUUAGAGAGCAUGAAUUUUUUGAACCAUGAACCAUUUCCGUGGUGAUAUGGAGAAAUGAUGGUCUGCGUUUAUGUACAGGCUUCUCAAUGUGAUUCACAUCCAACCGAUGCGUCGGUCUGUCCAUGUGUGUUCGAACGUUGGUACGUGUGUCUGUUUUGGGGCAGAUCCCACCAGAGCCUAAUCGAGAACGGCGUGACGUUCGGGGUCUUCCAGCUUUAUUUCUCGCAUCAUUAGCACAGAUUUGAAGUAAUUCAUCAGAUUUCAGCUGGCGUACUUUAUAUUGAAAGAGCAAUUCCUGGUUUUCAGAAAGCCACAAUCAUGCUUUAGGUCACAUGUGACAUUAAAUUAGUAUUAGAUGUUAGCAAUUUUAAAAAAUAUUUUUUUCAUCUGAACCAGCGGUAUUAGAAAACCACCUGUACAGUUGGAUGGACUGAAUCAAACCUGAAUAAAAAGCGUACCUCAGCUAAACAUGCCAAUAUCAUACCAAUAUCACUCAAGUGUUCUCACUCCAAUCACAUCAUUCAGUUUGUUCUCAAAGUGGGUAUUGUAUCUCUAUGCUUUUUAGUGUAGGUUUAGAGUUAUUAGAGGCCAUUAAAAACCAGCUGGUUCAAUGAAUUCGUAAAAUUUGGUAAACGCAGAAGAAUUUGGUAGGUUUAAGCGUACAGAGUUGCAUAGUUUAUUUGCUUUUGUGUUUCUUCAUUUAUAUUUUUUGCAACAUAUGGUGUACACUAUGAUCAAUAUUACUCAUUCUAUUUUUGAAGAGUUUAUAUAUAUAUUGACUUUUAAGGAGAGUGAAAUUUGUUACCUUGGACCUGUUACCUUUUUAAAGAUUGUUUACCCUUUGGAUGGGCAAAGUGUUCAAGAGUGAUGCAAAGGUUCAUAGUCAAAUUCGGCAGCAAUAGUUUUAUAAAUCAGAAGAUGGUAAGAAACAGUUUAUGAAGUGUACGUCACACGCUGGUUUCAGUCUGUUUUUGAAGGCUUGUAAUCAUGGUGAACGGACGUGUCAGUGGUCAUGUGACUAGUUUAUUGACCUUAUAUAGACUCGUAUACUAAUUGUGUCCUCAGGUUGUAUUUAUUUAUUUGAUCAUAUUACCGCAACUUUCUACGCGAUUCUUAAUUUUGUGUGCGUCGCACACUUUGCUUCAUGUUCAAACUCACUAUUUUUGAGCCACGUGUCAUAUCGAUGAUGACUACUGAUCUUUUUUGUGUGUGUGUGUUAUUUGAAGGAAAUAGUCUGAAACGCUUUUCACAAGGAUAAAAAGACAGAAUUUUUCAAAUCCAAUCAAAAGGCUUCUUCCAAACAAAGCGACCCCCGUGAGGCACGUGUACGUGUGUUUGUGCUCCGGUGUCCUGCUUCUGUUACAGUUGCGUCUCAUUCUUGGAUGCUUUAUCUCAUGCAAGACUUCACUUGUGUUUAUAUAAGUAUCACACCUGUCAACUCCCUUAAAAAAAGACAAAAUGAGGAAAAAAAUAAAUAAAACGGCAUGUA